AUGCGUCUAACACUCCUUUUCUUCUUACUCAAUUGUUUGUCAUUUUCGACAUCGAAGAAUAUCGUGCUAAUUAUUACGGACGAUCAAGACAUCAUUCUAGACGGCAUGACGCCAAUGACAAAUACUCUGAAUCUUAUAGGAGGUCAAGGUGCUGUGUUUACAAAUUGCUUCGCAGCCACGCCGGUUUGUUGUCCAAAUCGAGCAUCCAUUUUGACCGGACGGUAUCAGCAUAAUCAUCUAACGGUAAACAAUUCUGUCGCCGGCGGUUGUAACGGCGCGCAAUGGCAACAAUCACGAGAGCCGGCAACGUUCGCCGCCCUUUUGCAAGGUGUCGUCGGAUAUAAAACGUUUUACGCGGGGAAAUAUCUGAACCAGUAUGGAAGGAAGGAAACUGGUGGUGCAGCUCAUGUACCAGUGGGAUGGGACUGGUGGGCCGGUCUUGUAGGAAACUCCAAGUACUACAAUUAUUCGUUAUCCAUAAACGGUACUGAGAGAAAGUACGGUAACAGCCCGAACGAUUACCUUACCGACGUGAUCAAUAAUCUGGCUGUAGAUUUUAUCAAAGAGUACUCCGGUGACCAACCUUUCCUUAUGGUGUUGGCACCUCCAGCCCCUCACGGGCCAUUUACACCCGCAGUCAGACACAAGGAUAAAUACAUUGGCACAAAAGCAAAGAGAACACCAAAUUUUAAUGUACCCGUGAAUCAGGAUAAACAUUGGUUAGUUAGGAAAGGUCCAACCCCUUUACCGAACAAUAUUUUACCAAAAUUAGACGACAUAUACAGGUGGAGAUGGGAAACCUUAUUAUCUGUAGACGAACUUGUUAAGAACAUACACGAUUUAUUGAAAGAGCGAAAUCUUUUAGACAACACUUACUUUAUUUAUACCUCCGAUAAUGGAUAUCAUGUUGGACAAUUCAGCAUGCCAAUAGAUAAGCGUCAACCUUACGAAACGGAUAUACGUGUCCCGUUACUGAUAUCCGGCCCCGGAAUUGAGGUGUCUACGGUUUCUGCGCCAGUCAGCAGCGUAGAUAUCUUCGCUACGAUUUUGAACAUAGCUGGCGUGGAAUAUCCAUCGGAUGGCACGACAUUAUUUAAUUCAGAUCGUAACUUACCACGAGAUCGUACUGUUUUGAUAGAAUAUAGAGGAGAGAGGUCUAAUGAGCCAUCGCCUGGUUGUCCAAACGACGAUUUAAAUGUCACAUUGUGCGUGGAAGAAUUGGCGUGCAAAUGUCAAGACGCUGUGAACAACACAUUCAGUUGCAUUCGCCGCGUUUCGUCGCGUUUCAACAACAUCUUUUGUGUCUUCGAAGACGAUCAGAGAUUCAUCGAAGCUUACGAUAUGAAUAUCGACGAGUACCAAAUGACGAAUAUCGGAUAUACCAUGAAAAAAGGGUUGAGACACAGGUUCAGGAAACGUCUUAAAAGAAUGGUGGUAUGUCGGGACGAACAAUGCGUUCUCACGGGAUUGGGAAAUAAAUCCAAGUAA